AGCUGGUAAAAACCAUCAGCUGUAAACCUGAAGGAUUGAGGUUCAAGAGUCAACACUCAACAGACAAUAGUCCUAAGUAAAUUGAGUAAAUUAUUUCUUUAUCCUCCAAAAUUUCAAAAUUUCAUAAUUUCAUACUCAUCAAUCAUUCAAUUGAUCUGGGUUUUGCGUCAAUCAGCAAUCUUGUUGAUCUCUUCUCUUUUUUACCCCCUCGCCAUUUCUUAUCUUUUGUUUCCUUUUUCUUGUCAUCUUCUGCGCUACAGUUAUAUUCCUUUAUUUUGGGUCUGUUCUUCCCAGUUCAUGAAUCUGUGACUUUUCCAAGAAAAUCGACUGUCUAUACGGUUUUCCUGAUCUGGGUUUUGUUGAAGAGAUAGGUUGCAGAAAUGGGUGGUUGUUGCGGCAAGGAGAAGGUUUCAGAACCAGGCUUUAAUGGUGGAAAACCCUCUACUGAAUACAGCCAGCUCCAUCCACAAACCUACCACCAGCCUCCGCCACAGCCGCCGCCGCAGAUCCCCUCACCAUUGAAGCCCACACCACCACCACCCACCAGGCAUGUUCACAAAUCACAGAUAGAUACAAUACUUGAUAAGCCAUUUGAAGACAUUAAAGCACACUACACUUUAGGAAAAGAACUGGGUAGGGGUCAAUUUGGGGUAACCUAUCUUUGUACUGAGAAUUCAACUGGGCAUAGCUAUGCUUGUAAGUCAAUCUUGAAGAGAAAACUUAGAACCAAGAAUGACAGAGAUGAUGUGAAGAGAGAGGUUCAGAUAAUGCAGCAUUUGAGUGGGCAGCCAAACAUUGUGGAAUUUAGGGGUGUUUAUGAGGAUAGGCAGUCAGUACAUGUGGUGAUGGAGCUCUGCGCUGGCGGCGAGCUUUUCGAUAGGAUUAUUGCUCAGGGACAGUAUUCUGAGAGAGCGGCUGCUGGGAUUUGUAGGGCAAUUGUGAAUGUGGUUCACGUUUGCCAUUUUAUGGGGGUGAUGCAUAGGGAUCUCAAACCAGAGAACUUCUUGUUGUCAAGCAAGGAUGAGGGAGCUAUGUUGAAGGCUACUGAUUUCGGGCUGUCAGUGUUCAUCGAAGAGGGAAAGGUGUACAAAGACAUAGUGGGUAGUGCUUACUAUGUCGCUCCUGAAGUCUUGCGGCGUAGUUAUGGAAAGGAAAUAGAUGUUUGGAGUGCAGGAGUUAUUUUGUAUAUUCUACUCAGUGGUGUACCCCCAUUUUGGGCUGAAACUGAGAAGGGUAUAUUUGAUGCCAUUCUGCAAGGAGAACUUGACUUUGUAAGCCCACCUUGGCCAUCUAUAUCAAACAGUGCCAAAGACCUUGUGCGGAAGAUGCUGACACAGGACCCCAGAAAGAGGAUUACUGCUGCAAAAGUUCUUGUGCACCCAUGGAUUCGGGAAGAUGGAGAUGCAUCUGACAAGCCAAUAGACAGUGCGGUGCUCUCUAGAAUGAAGCAAUUCAGGGCAAUGAAUAAGAUGAAACAACUUGCGUUGAAGGUCAUUGCGGAAAAUCUAUCUGAAGAAGACAUCAAAGGUCUUAAAGCAAUGUUCACAAACAUGGACACAGACAAGAGUGGCACUAUCACCUAUGAGGAAUUAAAGACAGGAUUGGCCCGGCUUGGGUCAAAGUUGUCUGAGGUUGAAGUAAAGCAACUCAUGGAAGCUGCUGAUGUGGAUGGAAACGGAACAAUUGACUACAUCGAAUUUAUCACUGCAACAAUGCAUAGACACAAAUUAGAAAGAGAUGAGCAUCUAUUUAAGGCAUUUCAGUAUUUUGACAAGGAUAACAGCGGCUUUAUUACAAGAGAUGAAUUGGAAAGUGCUAUGAAGGAGUAUGGAAUGGGCGAUGAUGACACCAUAAGGGAAAUAAUAUCAGAGGUUGAUACGGACAAUGAUGGUAGAAUCAACUACGAAGAAUUUUGCACAAUGAUGAGAAGCGAAACUCAACAAGGCAACACGCUCUUUUAGUUUCAUCAAUGAUCUUCUCAAACUAUUAAAGAGUUGUCAGGUUAAAAAAUGUUUAACCACGAGUCAUAUCUUGACUUCUUCUGAACCUAGGCAGCGGGCAUAGGAGACGCUUUUUGGUUUUGAUUGCCUGGGGUUGAAGUGCAGUAUUGUGCAUAUCUAGCUUCUUUAUUGACUCUCUUUUU